UGGGAUCUUCAGAGCCUGUUAGCCAGCUGGCUCCAGGAACCUACAUGUCAUGGGUCCCACAUGUGAACUUCUUUGUGCUGGGGGUCUUGAGGUCUUUCCAGUUGGUGACAGGAAACAUUCCAGGUGUGAGUGGCUGACCCUCAGAAUAGAGAAAGGGUUUUGUUGGUUUGUGUUUUGUUUAUUUGGAUUUACAUCUGGGUCUCUUAGAACUGACAUUUUCAUAAUCUGUUCCUUCUCUGCAUUAUGUUAAUAGACUUUUCUGGGGCAGGAGGAAUUUAGUGGAUGUCAUUUGUUAGCCAAGGUAUAUGUGUGCUGUUUUUUUUCUUCUUCCCUCCUCCCAUCAAUCAAGGGAUUUCUUAGUUUCUUAUCUGUGAAUCACUCAGGCUUCUACUUACUGCCAGUUCAGUUUCCUCCUUGCCCAUCCUCCCUUCUCUUUUCUCCUCUCCUUCCCCCAUUUCCCUUCUUUCCCUCUCCCCACCACACUUUCCUUUCCCCCUCUUCCUUUUCCUCAGAUUCUUUUGAAUUUUUCUUGAUCUGCAACAAGCCAGGUCCUUUGUUAGGCAUUAGUGUUAGACAUCAGUGAUGAAUAAAAGGUUGUUCUGCUCUUCCAGGAGCUAGAUAAGGGCCUGGUUCAGCUUCUUAGUAUUCAGGGAAUGGAUUCCCCGCUUACUCCCUUCCUUCCUUCGGAUGCCACAAAAUGAACACUUGAGUGAAAAUAUGCUUAUACUCCUUUUUACAGACUAUGCCAAGCCACAGGUGGAGGAACUGCAAUGUCUGGUGGAGAACAGAAACCAGAGAGGUACUAUGUGGGUGUGGACGUUGGAACAGGCAGUGUCCGCGCAGCUCUGGUGGACCAGAGUGGGGUCCUGUUGGCUUUUGCAGACCAGCCAAUUAAGAAGUGGGAGCCCCAGUUCAACCACCACGAGCAGUCCUCUGAGGACAUCUGGGCUGCGUGCUGUGUUGUUACAAAGAAAGUUGUACAAGGGAUUGAUUUAAACCAAAUUCGAGGACUUGGGUUUGAUGCCACGUGUUCUCUGGUUGUUUUGGAUAAGCAGUUUCGCCCAUUACCGGUCAACCAUGAAGAGGAUUCCCAUCGAAAUGUCAUCAUGUGGCUGGACCAUCGAGCAGUCAGUCAGGUCAAUAGGAUCAACGAGACCAAGCACAGCGUCCUCCAGUAUGUCGGCGGGGUGAUGUCUGUGGAAAUGCAGGCCCCGAAGCUUCUGUGGCUGAAAGAGAACUUGAGAGAGACUUGCUGGGAUAAGGCGGGACAUUUCUUUGAUCUCCCAGACUUCUUAUCAUGGAAGGCAACAGGUGUCACAGCACGGUCUCUCUGCUCCCUGGUGUGUAAGUGGACAUACUCAGCAGAGAGAGGCUGGGAUGACAGUUUCUGGAAAAUGAUUGGUUUGGAAGACUUUGUUGCAGAUAAUUACAGCAAAAUAGGAAACCAAGUGCUACCUCCUGGAGCUUCUCUUGGAAAUGGGCUCACACCAGAGGCAGCAAGAGACCUUGGCCUUCUCCCUGGGAUUGCGGUUGCAGCUUCACUCAUUGAUGCCCAUGCAGGAGGACUAGGAGUGAUUGGGGCAGAUGUGAAAGGGCACGGCCUUGUCUGUGAGGGGCAGCCAGUGACGUCACGGCUGGCUGUCAUCUGUGGAACGUCUUCUUGUCACAUGGGGAUCAGCAAAGACCCGAUUUUUGUACCAGGCGUCUGGGGGCCUUAUUUCUCAGCCAUGGUACCUGGGUUCUGGCUGAAUGAAGGUGGUCAGAGUGUUACUGGAAAAUUGAUCGACCACAUGGUAGAAGGCCAUGCUGCUUUUCCAGAACUACAAGUAAAAGCCAGAGCCAGAUGCCAGAGUGUAUAUGCAUAUCUGAACAGUCACCUGGAUCUGAUUAAGAAGGCUCAGCCUGUGGGUUUCCUUACUGUUGAUUUACAUGUUUGGCCAGAUUUCCAUGGUAACCGGUCUCCCUUAGCAGAUCUGACACUAAAGGGUAUGGUCACCGGAUUGAAACUGUCUCAGGACCUCGAUGAUCUUGCCAUUCUCUACCUGGCCACAGUUCAAGCCAUUGCUUUGGGGACUCGCUUUAUUAUAGAAGCCAUGGAGGCAGCAGGGCACUCGAUCAGUACUCUUUUCCUGUGUGGAGGCCUCAGCAAGAAUCCCCUUUUUGUGCAAAUGCAUGCGGACGUUACUGGCAUGCCUGUGGUCCUGUCGCAAGAGGUGGAGUCUGUUCUUGUGGGUGCUGCUAUUCUGGGUGCCUGUGCCUCAGGGGAUUUCGCUUCUGUACAGGAAGCAAUGGCAAAAAUGAGCAAAGUUGGGAAAGUUGUGUUCCCGAGACUACAGGAUAAAAAAUACUAUGAUAAGAAAUACCAAGUAUUCCUGAAGCUGGUUGAACACCAGAAGGAGUAUUUGGCGAUCAUGAAUGACAACUGAACAGGGCUUGCAGGUGCUGAUGCCAGAAGCUUCUGUGCCAUUGCAUUAAAGACCUCUGUCAUUUCAUCCAUGUUCAAGACCCUUGAGGUAUUGUUUCAUCAUUUCUGUAUUGUCUUUUAAUAAAGAAAACAAACAUGUGCAACCAGAA